AUGGCCGGUUUUCGGAGUUUGGGGGACGAGGAGGAAGUGGAGUUCGAGUGCAAGGUGUCGGACAAAGGCUUGGAGGCCACGAUGGUCUCGGGGGUCGAGGGCCAGGAGUGCAAGGGCUCCAACCGGCGACCCAUGUCUAAGAAGAAGUUCAAAAAGAUUAGGUGCUACAACUGCGGUGAGUUUGCCAACCACAUCGCCGCGAAGUGCAAUAUGGGUCCGCAACCGAAACGGUGCCACCACUGCAAGGACUCGGAGCACCUCAUAGCCGACUGUCCCAAACUGGAGGAGAAACGGCUACUCAAGAAGACCACCUCAUCGUCGGACGACACGUCCAGCUCCGGCAACAGCACUACAGGCAAACGCAGUGUCAACGGACACCACAACAGCGCCGGUAGCGACAACUCCGAAGAGGAGAUUAUACUGAAUGCCGCGGAAACGGCGUCCAGUAAUGGGUCGGAGAAGCACCUGUCCGACAGCGGUAUCGGCAACCGGUCCAUCGGUAAGACCCCGACCACCGACGACACCAAAUCCGAAUCGCCGGUGUCCGACGCCAGUAGGGGUCGGGAUGUCUAG